GGGCGCCGAGGGAAGCAGGAAGCGGCGGGGGAGGCACGGCCCGGCUCGGCUCCGCUCGGCUCUGCUCCGCUUGGCUCUGCACACACACAGGCAGCGCGCGGCCCAUGGAGGAGCGCGGCCCUCGGUGGACGGCGCGGCCUCUGGGAUGGGAUUCAGCGCCGCGGAGUGCAGGGCUUUGCCCAAUCGCUCAGCGUUGGACGGGUGGAUUUCAUUUGCUUUAUUUUCGCCCUGGAUGUGCUGGAGCAGCACAAGCCGUGUGCCCGGAGCUCUCCGUGCCUUUAACCUCCAUUUCCCCACUCCUCUUCGUGCCCUCCUGGAUUUUGGAAGCGCCAGGCAGGCGCUGCCACCCAUGGCUGCCCCCAAGGGCCGGUGUUGGCCCUGGUGGCCAAUGGACAGCGAUGGCCACGUGGCACCGACCUCUCCCUCGCAGAGCACCAGGCAGCCCUGGCCAGCAGCGAGUUAAAUCCUUUUGUUUCCGAGGGAAUACAGUUUAUAUUAUGAGCAUGAAUAAAAGAUGGUUGUGCUAGGGGUAGCUGUCAGUAUCUUUGCUGUGUAUAAAGGCUUCUACUGUAGCUUGACAGUAAAAGACUGUGUUCGGGGACUGAUGUGGUUUCUCAAAGGAGCUAAAUAAAUAAGGGACGCUUAUUUUUACACCAGUAAAGGCUGCUGGAAAUUUAAAGCCCUGUUUAUCUCUCUGAAAUCGUGGUGUUUAUUGUUAUCUCAUGUAGGGGGAAUUUGCAUGUUCGCUAAUAAUUAACCGAACCCGGCGCUUCUCCCUCCUGUACGUGCCACAGCCCUGCUGCUAUCUGCAGGGAGGGACCGCUGGCAAAUCGAAGGCAAAUAUUGAACAAGCCUGGGCUGGGCACGGUGUUCCCAGUACCCCGUCCCGCUGCACGUCACCCUAUAUGGGUCCGUGGGGCUGUGCGUGUGCAGAUGAGACAUCCCCAUCGCUGCCCGUCGUGGCGCAGUGUUUCCCUGGAAGCAAGCAUCACCUCCUGGGCACAAAAAGGCUCCGAAGCAGCGGGGCAGAGCACCUGCCCCUUUGUGCCCACAGCUAACAGGCGGCCCGUCCCGGUCCCCGCAGCACCAGAUGCUGCCGCUCCGUGUCACACCGUCAUCUCGCUAGCGGAGUGUAACGGGGAGAGCAGUCGGUGCCUUUGUUUCUAGUGCUCUUCACACAGCUGUCACUUCCAGUGAUCAGUAGAAAAAUCAUCACCCCACAGGAUCAUACAUAUGGAACGGUGCCUGUGCAGAAUAUUUAUUGUAACAUGUGUUGGGGCCGCGCUGGUCACGAGCCCUGGGUCUGGCUCGCCCUGCGACAGCCCCUGCAAGGAUGCUGUCAUCCCUCAGGUCUGCCUGCUGGGACCACACGUUGUCCCCAAGGCAGUGUCCCCAGGGCAGUGUCCUCAAGGCGGUGUGUCCCCAUCACACGCUGCGUGAGCAGACCUGGCAGUGCAUUGGGGCUGCGGGGACUCGGGGCUAAUUGUGCUCAGCUCGUGGGGCUGCGCAGCGUAUUCUGCCUGUCCCCUGUCUUGUUGUUCCCAUAGGAUGUCCCCAGUCCUGGUAGUAGCUGAGAUGCUGCUGUGUGCAGCCCCGGCUCUCCCAGCUGAACCUCGGGGACAAGCAGCCCCUUGCUGGGGUCACCUGUGGAGUGGCUUUUGGGGUCUCCAGACUGGGCUGUGCCAAGGCGGGUGAAGGCACCCAGCCGUUCUCAAGGGAGGCAGGUUCCCAAGCUGAGCCUCAGUGGGGAUAGGGACGGGGAUGGGGAUGGGGAGGGGGAAAUCUUCCGUCUCUGGAGCUGUCAGCUCAGCACCUUUCAUGUGUGAUGGGUAAACAACUCGGAGCGCCCGCCUGGGAAGGCUGUUGGAUCCCUGCUGGUGCUAAAGCAGCGUCUGGCAGGGAUGGGGAACGUGCCGUCGCCUGCGUGAGGCACCGCGGACGUGACGCCCUGCUGGGGCUCACUGCUGCUUGCUUCAGCAAUGGGAGACAGCGGGGCAACACCGGAGCCUUCGGGUGGUCAGAGACAUUCCCAGUGGGGACGUUCAGCUCCCCAAAUUGUCCUGUGGGGCUGCAGCAUCCCUCAGCAGCGUGGGUUCUUCCUGCUAACAGCACCAAAAUGCACAGCUUCUCCCCACGUUCCCAUCCCCAAUUCCUCCCUCCCCGUCACCCCAUAGCUUGCAGAUCCCCAUGCCCCACGGCUGUGGGUUUCCUCUGGCUGGGCACAGCGUGAGGAUGCACAGAUGCUGUGCAGGCAGCGAGGGGGUCACCAGGUCCCCCGAGCACAUGGCUGGGGGAAGGUGUCACAGGCGCCUUUUGGCACCCGCCGCCACACGAGCGCGCUCCUCUGACAGCUUUAUCAAGCCUCCAGACUUCCCAAUUCCAUUGUUCCUGACAUCUGUUUCGGUAAGUGAUUAAUUGCAAUUAGUGAACAGUUUGAAAGCCCGUGGAAGAAUAUUCAGCAGAAAACUCGUCAAGAUUAAUGAGUGGUGGCAGUUGUCAGAAGGGCUGCUGCCUCGCCGUGACGCGCGGCGUGGAGGUACAGGAGGAUGGGAGAGCCCCCUCCCUCCUCGCUCGCUGUCCCCCCCCCCGUCCCCUCCUCCCAGAGAAUAACACAGGAUGAUUUUUCAUCCGAAUGCAUGAAUUAUCCGCUAAUGCGCUAUUAAUAAAGCACUGUGGAGUUUCACCGAGAUUAGGUCCUAAAUCAUGCAGAAUGAAUUUUAAUGAGUCCAAAAGACACCGGCGUUAGGCGCUCUCGGGGACCUGGAGAAAAUACGGGGGCUCACCCCGGGCCGAAACCCCCGGGGAUGGGCUGGGAUGGGUGGUGGCAGGGGGCUGGGAGCUGUCGGCCGGCCCUUUGCUCCGGGGGCAUCGGGGUGUGCCGUGCCGUGCUGCGUGCGUGCAUGAGUGCGCGCAGCGGAGCCAGCUGCCUUUGUGCGGCACUGUGAGGCGGCUGCUUUGCAGGGAAUUAGCUCGUUGGGCUGUGACUCAGAGCAGAGAGCUCUCUAAAUAGCACUGCCUCAGUCAGCGUGAGGGCUGCUGCUCCUCGUGGGAGCGGUGACGGGCACCCGGGGACAGAGCGUGUCCUGCUCAGCCGGCUGCGCAGGGUGGCCGUGGUUUGGGGACCCGAUGUCCUCCACCUCGCUGCCCCAAAUUCCUGCAGGAGCUGGAGGAGUUUUGCUCCUGCAGUGAGUUUCCCAGCCCUUUGGCAAUGAGCCUUUGCGCUCGGUUUUGCUUUGCCUGUCCUGGUGCAAAGGUGCGGUGGCCCCAAGGUGGCCGAUGGUGGCACAGUGGUGGUCCCGGGGGCAGGUAGAGCUGCAAGGCUGGGAGGGAGGGCACGACAUCUGCUUUGCAAACUGCUUGUAACAGCGAGGUCAGAGCAGCUCGGCACCCCGAAGCAGAUGGCUGAGGCAUGCUCUGGGUUACCUCACCCAUGAAGUUCCCCAUUAAUGGACCAUGACUGGAGGGGUGCGAUGUGGGGAGCAUCCUUCACCCCCUGCCUUGCUAUGCGUGUCCCCAAAGGGCGCAAAGCAGCAGGGACAGGUUCCCUGCCUUCCCCUUUCCCGUAGGGAUGCCACUGCCCAUACGGACCUCAGGCUUUGCACAGCCUCUCUGACCUCAGCACAGGCACCGGGCCUUGUUCAUUGCAUGGCUUUUCCUGUGGCUCCCUCCCAACAAACAAGCACGGGGCUGCACGGGGCGUCCACUUCCCUGCCCGCCAGCCUGGCCCUGUCACCUCCUGGUGAUUUAUUGCUCUUUUGGGCACGGGGUGGCAGGGGUCGGGAGGUCUCGCCGUCAGCCGCCCUUUGUUGGUGUCCGGCACAAUGACCCGGCACAGGCUGUUUGCUCGGCACGCCGGGUAAUUACCGUGCUGGGGAGAAUGGGGGUCAGGGAGGCAGAGCUGUGCCGUGACCCGCCGGCGGCGAGGCCCCGCGAGGCUGGGGCUCGUCCUUCCCCUGGCACCAUCUGCUCGCGGGCGGCCGCUGCGAGCGAGCGGCGGGACUGAGGCUCCGGCGGCGACGCAGCGCUCAGACGGACGGACAGAUGGUGGUGGGUUUGAAGAGGCAUGAGCCAUGAGUCGAAGUCGCCUUCCUUAGGAAUGCUCUCCACCGCCACUCGCACCACCGCCACCGUCAGCCCCCUGACCCCCUCCCCUCUCAACGGCUCCAUCGUCCCCAAUGGCAGCCCGGCGGCCAGCAGCACUUUGUCCGUCCAGGCAGCUCCGUCCUCCAGCUUCGCCGCCGCCCUGCGCAAGCUCGCCAAGCAAGCUGAGGAGCCCAGAGGCUCCUCGAUAAGCAGCGAGUCGUCGCCCGUCUCCUCGCCAGCCACCAACCACAGCUCACCCGCCAGCACGCCCAAACGCGGCCCCAUGGGCCCCAUCAUUGUGCCCCCGGGGGGGCACAGCGUGCCCAGCACGCCUCCCGUCGUCACCAUCGCCCCCACCAAGACGGUCAACGGGGUCUGGAGGAGCGAGGGCAGGCAGCAAGAAGCGGGGUCACGAGGCAGCAGCAGCAGCAGCCGUGAGCGGCUCAUCUCCGAGCCCCCUCUGACACAGGAGAAAGCCGGGGGUCCCACGGUCCCAACGCACCUCCUGGGCACUCCAUACUCCUUUGGGCUGCCCCCCAGCUCCGUGGUCCAGGACUCCCGCUUCCCACCUCUCAACCUGCAGCGUCCCGUGCACCACGUGGUGCCACCCAGUGCUGUCACCGAGGAUUACCUGCGCAGCUUCCGGCCCUACCACACAGCUGAGGACCUCCGCAUGUCCUCACUGCCACCCCUUGGCUUGGACCCGGCUGCAGCUGCUGCGUAUUACCACCCCAGCUACCUGACACACCACCCCUUCCCUCACCCUGCCUUCAGGAUGGACGACUCCUACUGUCUCUCAGCGCUGCGGUCCCCCUUCUACCCACUGCCGGCCCCGGGCUCGCUGCCCCCCCUGCACCCCUCAGCCAUGCACCUGCACCUGUCAGGUGUGCGGUACCCUGCCGAGCUCUCGCACUCCACGCUCUCCGCACUGCAGUCGGAGCGCAUCUCCAGCCUGGCUGCUGAGAGGUUGCAAAUGGACGAGGAGCUGCGGCAGAGGGAAAGGGAGCGCGAGAGGGAACGGGAGAAGGAACGGGAGCGGGAAGCAGACCGGGAGAGGGAGAAGGAACGGGAACGGGAGCGCGAGAAGGAGCUGGAGAGGGAGCGGGAGAAGGAGCGCGAGCGGGAGCUGGAGAGGCAGCGGGAGCGCGCCCGGGAGAAGGAGCUGAGCAUGGUGAAAGCCAUGGAGAGCCCCUUCCUGCCUGUGGCCGAGCUGCACGCGCUGCGGGGCCACCCGGCUGAAGAGCGCAGCAAGCUGCCGGAGCCCAGCAGAGCAGAGAAACUGAAGGACUCGGUGCUGCCAACGCCGAAGCCCCUCCAGCACCCGCUGCACCCACCGCCCUCCUCGCACCACCCCGUGCCCAGCCUCAUCCCCAACCACAACGUCUUCCCCCUGCCCGGCAGCAGCGCGGCCACGGCGCUGCUCAUCCACCGCACCAACGAGGAGGAGAAGUGGCUGGCCCGGCAGCGCCGCCUGCGCCAGGAGAAGGAGGACCGCCAGUCCCAGGUGUCGGAGUUCCGCCAGCAGGUGCUGGAGCAGCACCUCGACAUGGGGCGCACCCCGAGCCAGCCUGAGCCCGAGCACCGGCCUGACAACGCCAGGUCGGGACCAAGCCGCCACGAGCCGAGCAUCCGCGAGCCGGGGCAGCACUUCGGCGGUCCGCCGCCACUCAUCUCCCCCAAACCCCAGCACCACCCCAUCACCACGUCCCUCUGGAACCCCGUCUCCCUGAUGGACAGCCCCUCGGAGCCCCCCAGGCGCCUUCCUGAGCCUCACGUCCUCCACGGCCACCCGGCCCCCUUCGAGCCCAGCCGGCAGGGCAUCCCGCUGGUGAAGGUGGAGAGAGUCUUCUGCCCUGAGAAGCUGGAAGACAGCGCAAGGAAAAGGGAUGCUCUCGAGAAGUACCCCCUGCCACGGGAGCCCAGCACUGCGGAGCACACGGGCUUCACCCACACACCAUUCCUGGCUGAGCUGGAGAAAUCCACUCAAAGCAUCCUGAGCCAGCAGAGACCCCCGGCCACCCCUUUUGGGGAGGUGACCAAGCCCAGCUCACCCUACAGACCCCCCCAGCCCCGCACACAGGACCCUAUGUACAUCUAUGAUGAGUUCGUGCAGCAGCACCGCAGGCUGGUCAGCAAGCUGGACCUGGAGGAGCGCCGGCGACGGGAGGCCCGGGAGAAAGGUUACUACUACGACCUGGAUGACUCCUGUGAUGACAGUGACGAGGAGGAGGUGCGGGCACAUCUCCGGUGCGUGGCCGAGCAGCCCCCGCUGAAGCUGGACACAUCCUCUGAGAAGCUGGAGUUCCUGCAGCUCUUCGGCCUCACCACGCAGCAGCAGAAGGAGGAAUUACUGAGCCAGAAGCGGCGCAAGCGCCGGCGGAUGCUGCGGGAGCGCAGCCCCUCUCCACCGACGGUGCAGAACAAGCGCCGCACGCCCUCCCCACGCCUCCCCCUCUCCACCCGCUACAGCCCCGACGAGAUGAACAACAGCCCCAACUUCGAGGAGAAGAAGCGCUUCCUCACCAUCUUCAACCUCACGCACAUCAGCGCCGAAAAGAGGAAAGCUUCCCAUGCGGCAGACAAGGAGAAGCUGGUGGAGAUGCUGCAGGCCAUGAAGCAGAAGCCCACGCCGGCCGCCGUGGUGGUGAAGAGCUCUCCGCAGGACAGCCCCAGCGGCCCCGCUGCCGAGCCACCGCUGCUGCUGGACCCAGAUAAGCCCGUGGGCAUUGUCGCCUCCGUGCCUGAUGUUCAGAAGCCAUUGGAGCCGGGCAGAGUGGAGCCUCUGAGAGCUGCGGAGCUGCCCAGGGUGAAGGAGGCGGCUGAGAAGCCCCGGCUGAGCGAUGGGCACUCGGGGAAGAAGGCACUGAGCAUCCUCAGCUACGUCAGGGGGCCUCUGCCCAAGGACAUCCCUGUGCCGCUGUCGCACAGCAUGAAUGGCAAAAGCAAGCCUUGGGAGCCCUUCAUUGCUGAGGAGUUUGCCCACCAGUUCCACGAGUCCGUGCUGCAGUCCACACAGAAGGCGUUGCAAAAGCACAAAGGGGGGACGGCGGAGCAGAACCACAAGCUGGACGCCUCCAUCCACUACAACAUCCCUGAGCUUCAGGCCUCCAGCCGCCCUCCUGCCCCACACAACGGCACAGCCGAGGGGCACCGGGCGCUCGGCCCACCCCUGCCACGGGACCGCCGUGACUCGGCCUCCGAGGAGGAGGAAGAGGAAGAGGAGGAGGAAGAUGAGGAGGAGUGCCCCAGGCCCAAGUGGCAAGGGAUCGAGGCAAUUUUUGAAGCUUACCAGGAACAUAUAGAAGAACAAAACCUGGAGCGCCAAGUGCUGCAGACACAGUGCCGGCGGCUGGAGGCCCAGCACUACAGCCUGAGCCUGACGGCAGAGCAGCUUUCGCACAGCAUGGCGGAAUUAAGGACCCAGAAGCAGAAGAUUGUCUCAGAGCGAGAGCGACUGCAAGCGGAGCUGGAUCACCUGCGGAAGUGCCUUGCCUUGCCUGCAAUGCAGUGGUCUAGGGGUUAUUUCAAGGGGUAUCCCAGGUGACGCUCCUUGGGCUAGGCCGAACAUAUAGUCUAGAAAUAAUAAUCUAUUUUAUUACCUUGAAUAUUUAAUAUUUUUCACUGGGAGGUUUGAAGCUAAAAAAAAAAAAAAAAUUAAAAUAAAAUAAUAAUAAUAAUAAUAAUAAAUAAUUAAAAAAGAAAAAAAGCAAACAAAAAAACGAAACAGAGACAAACAGAGAAUGUGCCAUGCAUGAAGCAAGGGGCGGCUGGGGGGGGGGGGGCUGGGCUCUAACCUCGUGUCCCCCCCCCACCAUCACCCCCCCCACCCCCACUUUCUAUUGCUCAUUUCUUAUUUUAUUUUAUACAUCCUGACGAAAGACUCCACUGCCCACAACACUAAGGCUGGAGGAGCCCUGCAGGGUAAGGGGCAGCCCCCCCAGCCCCCCCCAACCCACACACAUACACACACACACACACCCCCCCAGCUUGGGGCUCCCCCAGCACCGCACUUGGCUAUAACCAAUAAAGUCCAUGAACCCUCGGA